ACGUUAGACACAUCAACAAAUCAACAAAGUACAAACAAGAAAGCAUGGAUUGCGUGUACAAGAAUCCCAACGAACCCAUUGAAGUUCGUGUCAAGGACCUUCUUUCCCGCAUGACUCUGAAGGAGAAGAUUGGUCAGAUGACCCAAAUCGAACGCACUGUUGCCACCCCUUCUGCUAUUAGAGAUCUCUCCAUUGGAAGCAUACUCAGUGCUGGAGGCAGUGCACCUUUUGAAAAUGCAUUGUCAUCAGAUUGGGCUGAUGUGGUGGAUGGCUUUCAAAAAUCAGCUCUAGAAUCGCGACUGGGGAUACCUCUUAUGUAUGGGAUUGAUGCAGUUCAUGGUAACAAUAGUGUUUAUGGUGCUACCAUAUUUCCUCACAAUGUUGGCCUUGGAGCUACUCGGUUAGUAUUCACUUUUCCUUAUUCCACUUUUCCCCCCUUGAAAUCAGUUCUUAAUUUUCAUUGGCGGCAUGCUUGUAGAGAUGCUGAUUUAGUUCAAAGAAUUGGAGCUGCUACGGCACUUGAAGUUAAAGCAAGUGGAAUUCACUAUAAUUUUGCUCCUUGUGUGGCGGUAAGGCAUUGCAAUCAACUAGUCAUUCUAUGCCUGAAUGAAUUGUACCAACGAGCUACAGAAUGCUAUGAGUGUUACAGUGAAGACACUGAAAUAGUCAGAAAGAUGACUUCCAUUGUUUCAGGUUUGCAAGGCCAGCCACCACAAGGACAUAAACAUGGAUACCCUUUUGUGGCUGGAAGGAACAAUGUUAUUGCAUGUGCGAAGCAUUUUGUUGGAGAUGGAGGUACUGAUAAAGGUGUAAAUGAGGGAAAUACUGUAUUAUCUUAUGAAGACUUAGAGAGAAUUCACAUGGCACCUUACUUAGACUGCAUUUCCCAAGGAGUUUCAACCAUUAUGGCAUCCUAUUCUAGCUGGAAUGGACGCAAACUCCAUGCCGACCAUUUUCUUCUAACUGAAAUCUUGAAAGAAAAGCUAGGUUUCAAGGGUUUUGUGAUUUCUGACUGGGAGGGACUUGACCGUCUUUGUCACCCUCAUGGGUCAGAUUAUCGACACUGCAUCUCCUCUGCCAUCAAUGCUGGAAUUGACAUGGUGAUGGUGGCUUUUAGAUUCGAACAAUUCAUUGAAGAUUUGACCUUUCUAAUUGAAUCAGGUCAAGUACCAAUAAGCAGAAUUGAUGAUGCUGUUGAGAGAAUAUUGAGAGUAAAGUUCGCUGCUGGUCUUUUUGAAUUUCCUUUAAGUGACAGAUCUUUGCUAGAUAUAGUUGGUUGCAAGCCACAUAGAGAUCUAGCACGUGAAGCAGUUCGAAGGUCCUUGGUUCUGUUGAAAAAUGGAAAAGAUCGUAGCAAACCUUUCCUUCCAUUGAACAGGAAUGCUAAGAGAAUCCUUGUUGCCGGAACUCACGCCGAUGAUCUUGGAUAUCAAUGUGGAGGUUGGACUAAAACUUGGUAUGGAUGUAGUGGACGGAUUACAGUUGGGACAACAAUCUUGGAUGCUGUUAAGGCAACUGUGGGAGUUGAAACAGAAGUUAUUUACCAGAACUAUCCAUCAAAAGAAACCUUAGAACGUAAUGACAUCUCUUUUGCAAUUGUAGCUGUUGGUGAAGCUCCUUAUGCUGAGACUUUGGGUGACAAUUCAGAGCUUGUAAUCCCCUUCAAUGGAGCUGAUAUUAUAAGCUUAGUUGCUGACAAAAUCCCAACUCUGGUUAUUCUGAUAUCUGGAAGACCCCUAGUCUUAGAGCCAUGGCUUUUGGGAAAGAUAGAUGCUCUCGUUGCUGCUUGGUUGCCAGGAACUGAAGGAGAGGGAAUCACAGAUGUUAUAUUUGGCAGUCAUGACUUCAAAGGUCAACUACCAGUGACUUGGUUCAGAAGAGUUGAACAGCUUGAUCAGCUAACUAAUGGAGUUAAUUCAUGUGAACCCUUAUUUCCUCUUGGCUUUGGUAUGACAUAUAACUAGGAGAAUUUAGAUGAAUGAGUGCUGAAGUACCCAAAGAUAGACCGAGGACUUCAUAUAAUAAAUUUCUGAAUAAUAAUUUCCCUCCAUAUCAGUUAAUCACAUGGGUUCAAUUGAGAUGGGUUCAUAAGAGUUGAAUAGCUUGAUCAACCAGUUGGAAUUUCUUGUGUCGUAUAUUAUUUCCCCUUGCUUUGGGUUCACAUAUAUGAUAUAAUUAACCCCACCAUGCAUGUAUGGUUUAAUUAAUUUCCCUUUACAAUUUGUAUACCCACUCAUUAACUUUGUGUUUGAUUGAGCUUUUUACCACUAGACCAAAAGCUACAGGUGUUAGUCAGAGGACAACUCUUUCUACUUCUCUCUACUAGUCGCAAGCGUCAUGGUUCGAUUUGACUCCAACUCCACAUUGAGCCUUGCCAAGACAGGAUAUUAGCCUCUUCAACAAUUCCUCCCUCCUCCAACACUUGCCUCUCGCAAAGUGUUAUCUCGAGAAAUUGAACCCAUGACUUUAGCUUUGACACCAAGUAUUAGAUCGAACGCUUACCGUUAAACCAAAAACUAUAGGCUAUAGCUGUUAGUCAGGGCGCUUUCUACUUCUACCAACUCAAGCAUGAUGGUUCGAUUUGACUUUGAACCUACAUUGGGCCUUGCUAAAGUAGGAUGUUGGCCUC